UAGUGAUGUGAGUCUUUUUGUUAAUUGAUGUCGUUUUCUUUUGGAAAGAACCUAUCAUGUGUAAUGAGCUUUCCAUGAUCAUGUCUAACUGCUUGUUCACGUGAAGAAGUUAGAAGAUGGUAGUCUAGUACUAGUAGUAGUCCUCGGAUGUCGUACAUGGUAAAAAUGCCUCCUCGUCCUCGCGUGAGGUAAGAGUAAGAGGCACCCACAAGAAGAAGUACAAAUCAAUUGCUAGUAGUAGAGCAGAAGCGUCAGUGACACGUUUUCUGGUCUGCGUUUGGUUCGACAAAGCCUCGCCAACAUUGCAUGACUGCUAGCACAGCUAACGACAAAACGACGACCGAACCCUCAGGGACAAUACAAAACGACUUCACCAGAGUACUACAAGAACUAAAUUCGUUUAAGCCGCAACACAGAAAAAGUAUACGGAAUAGCGAAUGAUUUUGCAUCAGCAGUGACCACACCAGACGACCUCACACGUACCACUUUAUUGUCAGAAAGAGGCCGACGACCAUACACGGUUUGAACGAGCAACAAACACAACGACAAGAUGUCUCUCUUCGGCGGUGGAGGAGGUGGCGGCCUCUUCGGUGGAGGUGCCGCACAACCCGCACAGCAGCAAGGCGGUUUGUUUGGUGGAGGCAACACUGGAGGUGCUGGACUCUUCGGCGGUGGCAAUAUGACCACACCUGCGCAACCAACACAAAGUGCAGGACUCUUUGGCCAGACGCCUGCACCAAAUCAAGGAGGAGGUAAGAUUAUCAUUAUAACGAGCAGUUCAACAUCAAGGAAGUUAUGAGGCAACUAGAUGAAUCAAAUUCAAAGUAAAAAAACUCCAAAAACAGCUUUUUAGUAGCAAUGGCUUUGUCAACACUUUGUGAUCAAUGAUUUUUGACUCGUUUUUCAUUUCAGGUGGUCUUUUCGGUAGUACACCGACGCCAAACACGGGAGGAGCCUUCGGGCAGACAACGCAGCCUGCGACUGGAGGCGGCUUAUUUGGAAAUACGCAGCCGCAGGCCCAACAAGGUGGCGGUCUUUUUGGCGGUGGCGCUGCUCAGCCUCAGACCGGCGGCGGCCUCUUCGGCAGUACGCAACCCCAAGCACAGCCACAGGCUGGUGGCGGUCUUUUCGGUGGCGGUGCUGCGACGCAACCACAAGGCGGCGGCCUUUUCGGGGGCGGAGCACAGCCACAGGCUGGCGGCGGCCUUUUCGGAGGACAACCACAGCAACCCGCAGGAGGAGGUAAGAAACUAAACUAUGUAUAUUCUUCUACAACAAUUGCCGUUGUCCUUCACCCUUACAAUAAGUUCACAACAUCUUAUAUUCAAAGAAUUUUUUCAUCUUAGAAGAGAAAAGAACUACUGGAAAACUCCCGCAAUACCUUUUUGUAAUCAGGUCUCUUUGGCGGCGGCGCGGCAGGUCAGAAUAGUUUGAACCAGCUGAAUCAAAUGGGCCAAGUCGUAGGGUCAACUGUACCUUACCAGAUGACACAAUUGACAGACACCACUAAUGGCAAGUCAACGCUGGAGAAAUACAUCUCGAUGUCGACGAUGCAAGCCUAUAAUCGUAUCUAUUUUUCUGAUUCUCUAGCAUAAAAGUAGAAACAGAUGUCAUAAACAUAAUCGUCCAUCAUCAAGGUAGUUGUUUUAUGAUCAAGAUCGCUAUUGCUUGUCAGAACAUCAUUUUCAUUGUUUUUCUUUCGCUUCGUAGAUGAUUUCUUUGCCAUUCAGCAACAACUGUAGUAUACCUACUCAUGUCUUUCUUGAAUUUUCAGAAAAAUCUGUGGAGGAGAUUCGAUGGGAGGACUAUCAGGCCAAUCGAAAAGCACCAACUGGUGGAGCGGGCUUUGGCGGUGCAGCAGGCGGUGGAGUAUUUGGCGGACAGCCUGCACAAUCUCAAGGUGGUGGACUCUUCGGCGGAGGCGGUGCGCCAGCCGCAGGUGGCGGUGGACUCUUCGGGAAUCCUCAACCGAAUCAAGGCGGAGGUCUCUUCGGUGGCGGUCAGCAGCAAACAGCUCAGCCACAAGGUGGCGGUUUGUUUGGGCAGCCAGCGCAACCUCAGGCGGGUGGUGGUCUCUUUGGCGGUGGUCAACAGCCGCAGGCUGGAGGCGGCCUGUUUGGAGGAGGUAGCUCGAGUACGACGCAACCGCAGGGCGGGGGCCUCUUCGGAAAUACCGCUGCACAACCACAAGGUGGAGGCUUGUUUGGAAACACUGCUGCAGCACAGCCACAACAAGGCGGUGGGCUCUUCGGAAACGCCACCGCCCAGCCCCAAGGCGGCGGUCUAUUCGGGAACCAGGCAAAACCGCAAGGGGGCGGCCUCUUCGGAAACCAGCCAGCGCAACCUGCAGCAGGAGGCGGACUCUUCGGCAACCAGCCAGCGCAGCCGGCAGCGGGAGGUGGACUUUUUGGCAACCAGCCGGCGCAGCCGGCAGCAGGAGGUGGACUCUUUGGAAACCAGCCAGCACAACCGGCAGCAGGAGGUGGGCUCUUUGGUAACCAGCCAGCACAACCGGCAGCAGGAGGCGGCUUGUUCGGAAACUCGCAGCCAGCCGGCGGUGGACUCUUUGGCAACCAGCCGGCGCAACCCGCAGUUGGUGGUGGUCUCUUCGGAAACAACCAACCAGCAGGUGGCAGUUUAUUCGGAAACGCCACUGCGCAACCUGCCGCUGGUGGAGGUCUCUUCGGAAAUGCUACUGCGCAGCCCGCAGCAGGCGGUGGUUUAUUUGGCAACACAGCGCAGCCUGCAGCAGGCGGUGGCCUUUUCGGAAACCAGCUGGCCCAACAAGCAGGCGGAGGUCUUUUCGGUAAUACUCAACCGGCUGGCGGUUCUCUCUUUGGCAAUACAGGAGCGCAGCCGCAACCUCAGGCACAAGGCGGUCUCUUUGGGAACGCAGGGGCUCAAGCAGCUGGAGCAGGACUUUUCAACAAUGGAGUCGGAAAUCUAUCUACGCAGGCUCAACUCCUGCAAGCCAUGCAAGACGUCGGCGUCGUAGCGCAGAUGGUCGCAGAGGAGCGCGCAAGGCAAAGUACUGCUAACUUCGACGAUCAAGAUUCCCAGUGAGUGAAUAAAGUCUCUAGUACAUUAAACACAGUUUGAUCAAGAUUCCUAGUUUGUGAAUUUAGUUGUCUCUAAUAAGUAGCUUGAACACAGUUUGUUAUACAUAGUGGCAAAUCUUCCGUCUUCAUGUAUACUUACCUUUUCACGACUCCCACUCACAUUCAAUAACCAAUCAACAGCGCCAAUAACGGAUCAAAAUCUGGUAACCGCGUACGCAGCACCACCGAGACCAUUAGGUCUCAUUACUCCAAAAACACCGCCAAAAAUUGCAAAUUUAUGGAGGCAGGCAGCCCCAGAGCCCAGCAGCGACCCUCGUCCAAGAAGGACAUCAGAAUACGCGCGAGAAAUCGCAAGCAGCCCUAGCAGAGCAAGCGUAUAUAGAUUUUGACUAUAGUACCAUGAUUUCUUGUAGAACACUAGCCUCUCGCUCUUUGUGCACUUGAUGGAUUUUUUCUGAUUUUCAUUCGCCUGAUCGUGAUCCUAAUAAUAUAGAUAGAUAGAAGAUGGAACUCCAACUCUUUCUUUUACUACAGCUAUCACCAAAGAGUUUCCGGAGCAAUGCGCCAGUAAUUGACGAGUCGCCGCUGUACACGAGUCUGCCUUUGCGACAGCCGCGGUCAGCAAGUAACAGCGGGCCAUCAACCCCUCAGCAAGUAUCCGCGGGGACACCUCCUCAGCCUCCGACCCCAGUAGUCACGUCAGCACUCCCCGAAAUAGAAUGGGCAAUAAAACCCCAGAUCAUCCGACAUCGACAGUACUGACUUAAAUUUAUCUUGCUCAGUUGGAUACUACCUGCAGGCCGAUCGCGGAUCUUGCAAUUGAAGAAACACAAACAUUUGAAUUCUAUAUUGAACAAAAUCUGCUGGAUACAACAUACGAGAAGAGGGCUUUUACUUACUUAGAAUCUCCAUUUAUUUACUCACUGUGACAAAUUCUUGACAAAAACAGAAGCGAAGACUUAGUUGGAGGCGCGCCGGCCAUUAACGGAGGUCCUCACUCACCCAAGUAUCCUGGAUCUCCGCAGUUAAAUGCGAUGCACGCCGGGCGUGGGGGAGAAGCACCUGCGCCAAGGUCAAUGGUGCCGAGAAUGACCAGAGCAGGGUACUACUGCAAACCAAGUUUGGAGCAGCUCGCAGAAAUGUCAGAGUCGCAGCUCUCGCACGUUGUAGGUUUUGAAUACGGGCGCUACGGAUUUGGCUCUGUCGUUUGGCCAGGAGCGUUGGAUUUGCGGUUCUUGAAUUUAGAUGAAGUUUUGGAAAUCAGCAAAAUGAGCGUCACUGUACACCAAAACGUGAACACGAACAAGAACGAAUCAGAACUGACGAAGAUGCUGAACGGAGACUCAAAUGCCAAUGGAGGUGGAAACGCAUUGAAGAACAAAGCAAUGAUAGUCUCACUCCUAAUUGAACACAGCAGUAGUCGCCCGAUAGAUCAUCCGAAGCUAGCGAAACGACUACAGCAACUAACCGAUGAAGCUGGCAACGAGUUCAUUCGGUGGGACCCUGAAAAUAGCACGUGGAUCUUUCAAGUGCCAGAACAAGCUUCAUAGCAUGUUGUCCGUGAACUGAACAGACCUACAAUUAGAGAUCACAACAUUGGGUUUGAACUUGAUGAAGAUCUCUUCUUGAUGGUUUCACUUUCAAAAAGUUUAAGUUGUAUCACCUUCAUAUGAAGAUGGAGCACCGGAUCCCGGGCUCGAUUCAAAUGCAUGAAACUUGAACUUCACUAUUCGCAUAUUUCUUUGACAUAGAUUUUUCAUUCCAACGAUACCUGAGCGAUAAUCUUCGGCGGUGUCUAUAGGUAACUAUCUUCUACGUAUUGAUGAAGGUGAUCGUGUUUUCUUCGAUAGCUCUACAUGGUAGAAGAAAUAUGAUGUACAAACAUGUAAAUCGCUAUCCUAGUGGUCGCGAACUGGAUGGCUCAGACUCAGUGGAAAGUGAAAGAUUACUACGCGAUGAGAAAUUAAUAGGAUC